GCUCGUCUUUGGUUUUAACUGUUAAUGUCCCAUGUCUGUUAUUCUAGUUCCCCACUAUCUUGCAAGGAUUGGCAGUAAAGUCUUAGUGAUGGAUGACGCGACAGUGGGGAAAGUGACAGCCGUGGGCUAGAUCAUCAGAUGUGUCUGUAGAAUCCAGCGUGUCCCUGUGAACAUCCUCCAGCAGUAACCAUUCAGGUUAUUUAAAAAACCUGAAUUAUUAGGUUGAAAAUGUGUAAAUCGGGGAAAGAGCCAGCACUUAUCCAGCCAUUCCUCUGUGAACUAACCCAUGCAUAACAAAUAGAUUUUUUUAACGGAAGAAUUCCAGCUAGGACCUGAGCCGCUGGGAUCUUCACAGCUGUGCUGUGAACGUUAAAAAAACAAACAAACAAACAAAAACCCAAACAGUGCCCGGGAGUGGUGGCUCACGCCUGUAAUCCCAGCACUUUGGGAGGCCGAGGCGGGCGGAUCACCUGAGGUCGAGAGUUCCAGACCAGCCAGACCAACAUGGAGAAACCCCCUCUCCACUAAAAAUACAAAAUUAGCCUGGCGUGGUGGCGCAUGCCUGUAGUCCCAGCUACUCGGGAGGCUGAGGCAGGAGAGUCGCUUGAACCUGGGAGGCGGAGGUUGUGUUGAGCCGAGUUCGCGCCAUUGCACUCCUGCCUGGGCAACAAGAGGGAAACUCGGUCUCAAAAAAGAAAAAAAAACCCAAACAGAAUCGGCGGCCCACUUACCCCCAGACUAACCCAGAUGAAGCCCCUGGGUGGAACUGCAGUUUCCAGGAUGCAACAUCCCGGCGUCGGUAAAACCCGGAGGGGUCGCUCCGCCAGGAGACAGUAUGAAAGCGGAGGGGUAGUCCUGACCCCGCGUGGGUCCUGACGCCGAGAUUAUGACGAAUGGCCAUUUAGGAGGAUGUGGACCCUGGGUGCUCGUGCUGGUGAGUUAAGGAUGAGAGGGAGGUAAGGUAACAAGCCCCAGGCUGAGCCGCCCCGAGGCAAGGCUGCUCCGCGGAUGGCGGGAAGGGCGCGCCGCCUGUGGAGGCGUCCGAUGAGGGCGGGGCUGGGAACCCCGGGAGUCACCAGCAUCCCUCAACCUCGAGCCCGAGCCGUCAGCCACCACCGGAAGGAAAACACGGUUCCCGAAACUCUACCCGGAGGCUCUGCGCAGGCGUGGCCCCGCCCACCGGGGGCACUCACGGGAUAGGGCUGAGACGGGGGCGGGUCUUGGCUCUGCCCCGAAGGCCGCGCAGGCGCGGUCCCGACAAGCAACGCGUUUGUAGACGGGUGGGUGCGCACGCUCUGUCCCGGCGUGACCUUCCGAUCCCGCUGUCCUCACCGCAAUGGCGGCUGUGAGGGCCCUGGUGGCCUCGAGGCUCGCUGCGGCAUCUGCGUUCGCGUCCCUGUACCCCGGCGGUCGGACGCCUUCCCAGCGCGCAGCCCUUCACCUCUCCGUGCCGCGCCCCGCGGCCAGGGUUGCGCUGGUGCUGUCUGGAUGCGGAGUCUACGAUGGGACCGAGAUCCACGAGGCCUCGGCGAUCCUGGUGCACCUGAGCCGUGGAGGGGCCGAAGUCCAGAUCUUUGCUCCUGACGUCCCUCAGAUGCACGUGAUUGACCACACCAAGGGGCAGCCGUCCGAAGGCGAGAGCAGGAAUGUUUUGACCGAGUCUGCGAGGAUCGCCCGUGGCAAGAUCACAGACCUGGCCAACCUCAGUGCAGCCCACCAUGAUGCCGCCAUCUUUCCAGGAGGCUUUGGAGCAGCUAAAAACCUGAGCACGUUUGCCGUGGACGGGAAAGAUUGCAAGGUGAAUAAAGAAGUGGAGCGUGUCUUGAAGGAGUUCCACCAGGCCGGGAAGCCCAUCGGCUUGUGCUGCAUUGCGCCUGUCCUCGCGGCCAAGGUGCUCAGAGGCGUCGAGGUCACCGUGGGCCACGAGCAGGAGGAAGGUGGCAAGUGGCCUUACGCCGGGACCGCGGAGGCCAUCAAGGCCCUGGGUGCCAAGCACUGCGUGAAGGAAGUGGUCAUAUCCUUCCUGGUAGCCAGGCCCGGCCUGCCGUCGUGCUUGUCCCGGAGACGUGCAUAGGGAUGCCCUUCCCUCCGGGCUGCCUUGGUGGGUGGCCUCUUCACUGGCAGCUGCACCUGCUGCUCUCCCUGUGGGGCCUCCCCCGGUGGGCACCAUGGCUAUCUGUCUGAGGGCAUAGAGCAGAUGGCUGUGACAGCCCAGCUGGUGUGAGGUGGGUCGCAGACACACGUCAGAAGCGCAGCUUUGGUGCGUGGUUGGCAGAUCCAGGUCCCUAGCCUGACUGUUGAGUCUGCUCAGCAACCCCCAGGCAGCAACACUCGGGGCCCAGCCAGGGGAGGGUGAGGAAAGAGUGUGCGCAAGGUGUGGAGGGAGAGCGGCUGGGCGUGCAGGAGGCAGGGGCUUCCUGAGAUGCUGGGGGAAAGCGGCCGGGCGUGCAGAAGGGGCUUCCUGGCUUUAUUUGGGUGGAAGUUCUCAGGCCAGUUUGGGUGGCCAGGUGAUUCAGCCAGCCUCGUGGCCUCCAGCCCCUUCUGUUGAGGUGUGUCCCCUGAGUUCUGAGAUGAUGGACCAAGAACGCCAGUGGGGCUGUUGCCCAGGGAGAUUUGGAGGGAGGCUCAUGGAAGGCCCUGCCUGGAUCUGGGAGAAUGUCCAUGUGGGCCCAUUUGAGAGAACAGAACACUCCAGGGUGCCGGAAGGCACUGGAAUGAGUAGAGCAUGGACCUGGUCCCCUGCAGGUGUUGUUCCGAAGGGUGCAGUUCCUCUCAAUAGGGUAGCUAUUUACUCACAGGCAGCUUCGGACGUCAGGCCCCGUCUCCCUCCCUGCGGCUUUCCUGCCGGGCAGGAGCGCAGGGCAAGGCUGGCCCCAGGCCUCUGACUGCUUUCAGGAAGAUGGGGACACAUGUCUUGGGUGGUGUUGGGGAGGCUCAGGUCUGUGGGCUGGCCGGCCCCAGUUGUGCCACAUGCUGCCCUGUUGCCUGUUGCCCUGCAGCAUGAGGACCGGCUCCCUCACGGCCAGUUCUUCAUCUGAAAAGUGGAGGCGCUGCCACUGCCUCCCGUGGUGGUUGUGAGGACCCCAGGCAUGUGUGCGCCCCCAUGGCGGGGCAGCUCGUGGCCAUGUAUGGGUGUUGGGCCUGUGUGAUGCUGGCAUGAAAGGUGCUCCGUUCCCUGGAAUUUCCCCCUGCUUUCUUCCUCUAGAAUGCAUGUGAAUUGGGAACAGGUUCCUUCUUAUGUUGUUCAGCAGCAUAAAUCAUACAGAAAGCGGGGUCCUGCCCGCACAGACUGCACCAGGAGCGAGUUCUCCUGUUCCAAGUUAUCUGAGAACAAAGUUAGGACAUGCGGUGAGGGUGGGGGAGGGGCUGGGGCUCCACACCUAAAAGUCCCUCGGGUCCGUGGUGGGUGGAUUUUUCCAUAACUCUGCACACGAAGCUCACGUGGACCAGAAAAACAAGGUGGUCACGACCCCAGCCUUCAUGUGCGAGACGGCACUCCACCACAUCCACGACGGGAUUGGAGCCAUGGUGAGGAAGGUGCUGGAACUCACUGGAAAGUGACGCGCAUGGACGAGGGCCCAGCUAGGCGCCAGCACUUGGCCUUACCCUCUGGCUGAGGAGCUGUCGGCUGCUUUCCAUCCAGCUGGGAGUCUGGCAGGCCCUUUUUUUUUUUUUUUUUGCUGAGACCUGCAGGCGUUCUCUCUGUAAGGAGAGUGUGCUGCAGUGCAUGGGGGAUGUUUCUUCCCGGGCAUGGCUGGGCUGCUCUCACAUACAGAGGCCGAGGGGCCAAUUCGUUCUCUGCCACAGGGACUUGCCUCACUGUGUCCCAAAAACAAAUGGCAGCCAGCUUUUCCAGAAAUAGAAAAGUCUGCCGUCUGAGGUUUUAUACUUCAGGUUAGUUAGUUUUUGGAAGGAAGAACAUUUUUAGGUUUGCAAGUCUCCUCAUCAGGAAACCAGAAAUACCACAUUUACGGACCAUGAAAGGUUGGUUCUUGACUCUGAAGGGACUUUUCAGUUAAUCAGCGUAAGGGGGUUUCUAAAGCAGGCAAUCCCUGUAGCCGCAGAGAAUAAACGCCUUCCCAAAAUGGCAACUUCCCACAGCCAUGUUUCAGGCCUGCUGAGACUGCUGAGUGAGGAAUGGCAGUGAGGUUUCUUCAAUUAGUCUCAGUUCUCUUAAUUUUCAGGAAGAAAGGGAAAUUGCAGCUCCUCAGCCCCCAGGAUUGACCUCUGGGGAGUGAUGGUAGCGUUGGGGCCAGGCCGUGGGUUCAGGUGUGGCAGAAGCUUGCAGACGCGUCUGAAGGGAAAUAAAGUGUGUUGGUGUUCGA